AUGGAGUACUAUUGCAGGAAAAACAGUUGUGGUGACUUACAAAGUCGUUUGAAAGUACGUAAAGUUUUGGGUGUCGGGAAAUGUGGUGAUGAUGGAGAUAUUUAUAGCUCAAAAAUUAGUCAGAUAUUAGGACAUAGUGAUCAUUUAGUUUAUUAUACGCCAAACGGACUAAUAUUGUGGUUGAUGAUCAUGGCAAUUGUAUUUGGUUCACUUUGUGUAUCUGCCGCAUUCUUUCCUCAACUAUUAUUUUUAUUACUACCUGGCUCAGAAAAACCAACUAUAAACAUUCAUUUGGCAUUAUCUUAUGGAGGUAUGAAAUUAAAACGUUUAUUUCUAAAAAAUCAAUGGCGAACAUCAGAAUAG